AUGGUGGAUGUACUCGCACAGCCUACCGCAUGGCAAGGGCUUGCGGAGAACGACAGCGAACCCAGCCAGUCUCUCACACACGAUGCGAGAGACCGGAUUGUCGCAACUGUACAGAUACUCUUGCAACGGGCACUCUGGAGCCGACAAUCUCCUUCAACAUCAAGUCAAGGCCUCUUUGGACGCAUCGUAGUCCUCCCACCCUCCAACGUUCUUAUGCACUUUAUCGAAACGUACGCAAACCGCAUCGACUCCAUUCAGCCCUAUCUGGGUCUCGCUGGCUCCUCAAGCAUCAACAUCACAGACAUUCUACAAGUCGACAAGGCCGAUGUCGGGAUUCUACUCAUCAUACUUCUCAUCUCCCAAGGUGCUAUGCUUACAGAUCAUUUCGAAUCCCACGUACUCGCCAACGGCUUAAUAGAAAUAUGCAGGAUUGCAUUGGACGACGUUCUCGAGAGCCGCAGCAUAUCGCAACCAAUGAUCGGAGGGAUUGCACUGCAGUUGCUUACACUCUGCGCACGGAGUGGUAAAGACUCUUUUGCUGCGUAUGCCAUGUCGAAAAGAGGGCAAUAUCUUAGUAUGCUGAAAUGCACUGGCGUAUUACAGCCUGAACAGACGGUGCACAAUCCAAGAGCGGAAGGAGCAGAGAUGUGGGAAAGAUGGAAAGAGCAAGAGCAGCGCAAUCGUCACGCAUAUGCCUGGGUCUACGUAGACCUUGAGAUCAGCUUGUUGCACGACCUACCACCAAUUCUCUCGAUCAACGACCUACAAGUGCCCCUGCCGCAAGACAACGAGAUGUGGCAUGCCAACUCAUACAAUGAGUGGCUCGAGCAUUCUGGCGCCAACGGCAACAAACCAGGACCCUGCAAUGCCGCAAAGUUUGGUGCCUGGCUUGAGAAACAGGGUUCUGUUGGACCCCGCUCUGGGCACUCAACUCCAUCCCUCAACGGCCUCUUUCGAAGUUUCCUCCAGGGUCGGCUGGCAGUCGGUGAUGACGUACCCUUACACCACCUUCGUCUGCUUCUGCACCCCAUUCUGGCCAUGGUGCUCGAGCAACAGCAACUUCUGCGCAUUUUCGACGCCGACGAACCUUCGAAUCGAUACCGGGUGCUUUCUAAGAUCAAGAUCUUAGGCCGCCUGCAGGAGACGCAAGACUUGCUCCAAGAUCUGGCAACGCUUCUCUCACGGUCAAAAGCUUCUUCCAGCAAGGAAGACGAGGGUGAAGUAACCCCCACCGACUGUGUCAGCAUGAUAAUGCUCCAUCUGGUUAGCCUGAACGUUUUCACCAGCAUCCCCGAGAUUGAGAAAUGCGCCAAGGAAGAGCCGCCCAUGUCAGCCACGGCCCGUGCGGACAUGUGGCGGUGGGCACGUCAUCCCGAAGGAGAGAGAUACGUGCUGUUCCAUGCCGGCCAAAUCUUCAGAUUGAUCGACAGAUCGUCCAUGGACGCACGGCCAACCUGGUGGCCGGUAGCUUUGUAUCGUGCGGCCAUGUCUUGCUGGUCGCUCCGAUCUUGGGACCGAACCUCCUCAUCGGCGGCGGUGGAGUGUGGUAUUGAUGCCCUAUUACCCUCGGAGGAAGAGUGCUUUCUCAACACUACUACUGGUACACCCGUUGUCACGCUUGACGACAAGCGACGGUUACCCAUCCUUGAGGGGAACAACAGCUUGCAAUACUGCAUCAGCAAGCUUGAGAGUCAUCCUACACAUUGUUCACGUAACGUCAUUGAGAAGGCUCGCUACUUCUUGACUAGAUGGAGUUGA